GUUUUAUGCUUUAUUCAGUUUGCAAAAUAGUUGCAUGUACCAUAUUAGUUGAAUGCUUUAUUCAAUUUGUACUAUAUUGUUGCAUGUACCAUAUUAGUUUUUUUUUUACUAUAUUCAGUUUUUGUACCAUAUUGUUGCAAAUUCUUUGUAAGUUUUAUACUAUAUUCAGUUUGUAUAUUGUUGCAAUAGGUAUUCAGAUGAUGAUGGUGAGGACUCAUCUGCAUCAGCUACUACAUCCACUUUCAGUGGAUUUAGUGAAGAAGGCAGAAGGAGAAGUAGAGGAAGAGGGCAAAGCAGAGGAAGAGGGCAAAGCAGAGGAAGAGGGCAAAGCAGAGGAAGAGGGGCUGUUUCUUCGGGUACCACUGAGGCAAGAUGGCACAGAUCAGAUGAACCCAACAUCCCACCACCUGAGGUUGUGUUUCGACCAGCUCGAACUCCUGGCCCUCAGCUUCUGACUACAGAGUCAUAUUGCGCUCUGGAACUGUUUCGGCAGUUCUUUUCUUCAUCAGUGUGUCAAACGAUCAUUCGCAACUCAAAUGCUUAUGCAGCUGAGCACCAAGACACAACCAGGAAGCCAUGGCAGGACAUGUCCCUGAAGGAUCUAUACUCAUACCUGUCAGUGGUCAUCUACAUGGGUCUGGUAAAAGUACCACAAAUUUCAAAUUACUGGAGUGGGUCCAGGCUUUACAAAUUUGGCUUUCCUGCCACUGUCAUGUCUGGCAGGAAAUUUCAGGCCAUUUCAGGAGCACUGCAUCUCAGCGAUCCUAAGAUGGAUGCUGAGAAUGCAAAAAUGAAGGGGACUCCGACCUAUGAUCGCCUGGGUAAAUUGAAACCAGUUUACCAGGAGAUAAGAGAUGCCUGCAAGACCUAUUUUCACCCUCAUCAACAAAUCGCCGUAGAUGAGAGGAUGGUGGCGUCCAAAGCUAGGAUUGGGCUGAAACAGUACCAAAUAGAAAAGCCAACGAAGUGGGGGUACAAACUUUUCGUUUUAGCUGAUUCAGCCCAUGGAUACACGUGGGAUUUUUAUAUUUAUGAAGGCAAAUCCCCUGAAAGACAAAAUGGACAAAGUAAGGGGCUGAGUUACGAAUCUGUGAUGGCACUAGUGGAUGAGAGGAUGCUGGGAACCGGCUACAAGCUGUUUGUAGACAAUUUCUACACCAGCCCAUCAUUUUUCAGAGACCUCCUCCAGAAGGGCAUCUGGGCCUUUGGGACCAUUCGAAGUAACCGGGUGGGCUUCCCAAAAACUCUAGAAAACAAGUUACCCAGAAAUGCUCCCCGUGGGAGUAUGCGGUGGAUUCGUGACGACAGGCUCCUCUUUAUCGAAUGGAAGGACACCAGGGAGGUGCUCAUGUGCUCCUCCUUCCAUUCACCAGGAGGAGAUCACACCGUACGGAGGAGGGUGAAGACGAGAGCUAGAGGAUGGACAGAACUCACUGUACCUAUACCUACUGCAGUCCAUGACUAUAACAAGUACAUGGGAGGAGUUGAUCUCUCUGAUGCCCUUGUUGGGUAUUACAAAAUACUCAGAAAGACCAGGAAGUGGUACCGCUCGAUUUUCUACCACUUCAUUGACAUUGCAGUGGUAAAUGCCUUCCUCCUGCACCAGCAGUUGGCUGCUGCUUAUAAUCAAAGAGCAAAAACACAGCGGGAAUUCCGUGAGGAUUUGAUUAUGGAGCUUGCAGACUGAAUGCCUCCUUGUGAGUCUGCUCCCCCUGCUCCUCCUGCUCCUCAUGCUCCUCCAGCACCUCACAUGACAGGAGAACCCUCAGGCCAUGUCUGCCACAGGCCAAUGUACAUCACAAAUAAAAGUGAUGACCCCAGGAGAAGAUGCCAAGUGUGCCAUCGCAAAAUGCUUGUGUUCUGUCAGAGAUGUGCAUCAUACUUGUGUUUCCAAGCAACACGGGAUUGCUUCAAUUACUGGCAUGAUGUAAAUAGAUUGUAGUUUUCAGAAGUAGUGAAAAUUUGAAUAAAGUUGGAAAUAGUUUGUAAAUAGUUAAA